AUGCCCGAUGAGCUGACCGAGCCCGGGCGUGCCACGCCGGCUCGCGCCUCCUCCUUCCUCAUAGAGAACCUGCUGGCAGCCGAGGCCAAGGGCGCGGGGCGCGCAGCCCAGGGCGAUGGCGUCCGCGAGGAAGAGGAGGAAGACGACGACGACCCUGAGGACGAGGAUCCGGAGCAGGCCCGACGACGACGACUACAGCGGCGGCGACAGCAGCGCGCAGGCAGCGGGCCGGGCGGAGAGGCGAGGGCCCGAGCGCUGGGCCUAGGGCCCCGGCCGCCUCCCGGGCCCGGGCCGCCCUUCGCUCUCGGCUGCGGAGGCGCGACGCGGUGGUACCCACGGGCGCACGGCGGCUACGGAGGUGGUCUGAGUCCUGACACAAGCGACCGGGACUCUCCGGAGACCGGCGAGGAUAUGGGCCGCGCAGAGAGCGCCUGGCCACGGUGCCCCGGGCCGGGAGCCGUUCCGCGGGAGGUGACGACGCAGGGCCCGGCUGCCGGCGGGGAGGAAGCGGCGGAGUUGGCGGAGGCUCCGGCGGUGGCAGCGGCUGCGGCAGGGGAGGCACGCGGCGGCCGCAGGAAGAAGACGCGCACGGUCUUCUCGCGCAGCCAGGUCUUCCAGCUCGAGUCCACUUUCGAUCUGAAACGCUACCUGAGCAGCGCGGAGCGCGCAGGCCUCGCCGCCUCGCUGCAACUCACGGAGACCCAGGUCAAGAUCUGGUUUCAGAACCGCCGCAACAAGUGGAAGCGGCAGCUGGCGGCCGAGCUGGAGGCGGCUAGCCUGUCCCCGCCCGGCGCGCAGCGCCUGGUCCGCGUGCCGGUGCUCUACCACGAGAGUCCCCCGGCCGCCACGGGGCCCACGCUGCCCUUCCCGCUGGCUCCGCCUGCACCCGCGCCGCCGCCGCCGCUGCUCGGUUUCUCGGGCGCGCUUGCCUACCCGCUGGCCGCCUUCCCCGCCGCCGCCUCGGUGCCCUUCCUUCGCGCGCAGAUGCCGGGGCUAGUGUGAGCCGGCGCCCUCCACGUAGGGGCGCUGGGAGGAGGCGGUGGGAGGAAGGCGCCAUGCGCCUCGCGCAGUUCCUCGGGCGACCGUCUCUGUGGCAGCUGCUCCAGAGUGUACCCAGUGUACCGAGUGUACUGAGUGUACCGGACGGCGGCAGCGGGGACUCUCAGCUAGCUGCAGGACUGAAGACCCGUUCCGAUAGAAAGCGGUGGCCGGCACCGAGUGCUGAGCAGCUGCGGGCUCCGCAGCAGCAAACGGACACUUGGAAUGGGCUGGCCAAGGGACCGCACGGCGACUAUCCCUGAGGCAAUCUUGCCCCUAACUCAGAAUGUCCUUUUCUCAGGAGGGACCUCGCAGGAACCCUUCCAAGGGACAAUACAGUGAGCCGCGGGGGGCCUUGGGACAACUGAUCUUGGGUUUCACUCUUGGGUGGCCUUGGUUCUCUUGGCUUGAUGAAGACUUUUUUUUUCUGUGAUGAAUCUACUUCUUUGCAUAUGGAAUAAAAAGGGACGUUUUCUGGA